AUGAUUUCCAUACAGUCCAUCGUUUACUCCUUCAAUGGGAAUGCAAAACUUUCUUUCGCCAUUGGAAUAAUAGUUGCAUUCCUGGCGUUCAUAUUCCGGUCACGAAAUGCAAACCGGCCCCCUCGGCUCCCUGAUACCAUUCCUUAUAUUUCAAAUACGAUUCAGUACUUGACCGACGCUGGCAGGUUUUUGGACAGAGUCAACGAGACUUUAGAGGCGACCAAGAGCAACGUCAUCGGAUUCCACGUCGGUCUGAGGCCCGCAUACAUCGUGACAGGGUCGAAAAAUGUACAGAAGGUUUUCGGCUCGCCCCACGUACUUGAUGGCAACUUUCUCCAGCUGGUCCUGAUGGACAAGCACUGGGGCAUGACUAAAGACGAGAUCCAUAAGUUCGCAAGCGACACUUCUGGAAGACUGAAGACCCCAGCUCCAGGGACAGAGUCCAUACCUGAAGACCAGCGAUUCUGGCUCGGACAUGACCGGUUGUAUGCGGAGUAUCUUACUAAGCAAAAUUACUCCGAUGCCCUAGCUGAGUCCUUCCAGACGUUGUUCUCGCAACGCCUCGACAAGCGAGCGACGACGGAGUGGGCCACGGUCGGGCUAUUCGAGCUCCUCAAGACUACAAUGGCCGAGAGCGCUAUCAUUUCGCUAUUCGGCUCCAAGAUCAUUGAACUGAACCCUGGUUUUAUCCAAUGCUACUGGGAGUUCGAUGAAAUUGCGGGUACUUUAGUCUGGGGCCUGCCAAACUUCAUGCAGCGCUCUUCUGUUGCAAUUAGAGACCGUCUGCAUAAGAUGACAAAGAAUCACAUUGAUUCAGCAUGGGAGCACUUUGACUGGUCAGGCCCCGAUGCCAAUUCAGCCUGGGAGCCGCAUUUUGGGUCCAGACUAUCUCGCGAGACUGCAAGGUGGCUUCGAGAGAGGGGCUUUUCAAACCAAGCUGCUGCUGGACAUACUUUAGCUUCACUUUUUGGGCUGAAUGGAAACACAGUGCCCAUCUCAGCAUGGGCGAUGAUUGAGCUAAUCAAGGACCCAUCACUGUAUAAGGCAGUGCGUAGUGAGGUGCUGAAGACAUGUGUAGUCGACCCAGAUACGAUGAAAACUCACUUGGAUGCGCGCGCGCUCAUUAACAUGCCACUCAUGCAGUCUCUCUAUACAGAGAUCAUGCGCAUACACGUGUCCUUCAACGUCACCCGUGAAGCAAAGGAGUCGAUUAACAUUGACGGCUACCGGCUUGAGAAGGGCUCGUUAAUUCAGACAUGCUCGCAGAUUUCGCACUUUGAAGAAGCAGUCUGGGGGGCCGAAGAUCAUCCCGCGUCUGAGUUUUGGGCCUGGCGGCAUAUCAAGUGGGUAGAAAGGACAGAUGAAGCUAGUGGAGAAGUCAUGAUGCAUCCAACUUUCUCUAUGAAGGGUCGACCAAGCUCUUUCUUCCCUUAUGGUGGAGGAUACGUAAUGUGCCCUGGACGCCACUUUGCAAAACAAGAGAUUCUGCUGGCGAUAGCCGUUAUGGUUACCAAAUUUGACAUCGAAUUUGUCGGGUGGAAAAACCUUGACGGGUCAAAUUCCAACAGAUCAGCACAGGAUGAUAGAAGGUUUGCUGGUUUCAUUGCAAUGUCUCCGGACCGGGAGAUGGAAAUCCGCAUAAGGAAGGUUACAUGA